AUGGGCCUCGUCGACUACUCCGACUCCGACGCAUCAGAUGUAGAGGAAGCUAAAGUCUCCAAACCAGCUUCGACGUCUGCGAAACCCGCUUUCCAGAAAGUCGUCGACCGAUCAAAUCCGGGGAAAAUAAAAGUAUCUUUGCCACAGGCAUCACUGAAGCACGACAAUUCAAACGAUGAACCGCCUACGAAAAGAGCAAAAACCAGUGGUGGAGGGGCAUUCAGCGGGUUCAAUUCAUUCCUGCCUGCGCCUAAGAAAACCGGACAAGGCGCAAACGGUGCUGGUAAUACUUCGACCAAGAGUGGCCUUGGAACUGGGGUAAACCUGAAAACGGGCGCUGCACCGGGCUUCAGCAGGCAAUCAGAAUCAUCAGAUUAUAAUGGAGGUUAUGAAGAAACAGCAGAGAAUAUUAGCAGUGGUGGGAUGGGCAUGCCAGCGCCGAAAGCUGCCCAACCCGUGGACCAGACGCCAGCAGAAGAAGUAAAAUUGGUUGGCAAACCAUUAAUGUUCAGACCUUUAUCAGUCGCCCGGAAACCGAAGAAGAAGACAGCAGCCUCUCUCAUGGCAUCUUCAAUACCCCCACCAGCUCCAUCACCUCCUCAGACACCCGCCGAAAAGGCACCACGAGCAAAAGUCUCACUCUUCUCAAUGUCCCAGGAGACUUCGACUCCAGCAGUCACACCAUCACAAGGCGAAUACGAGCCAAUCAUUCUAGAAAACCAAACACCAUCCAACUCAUUCUCGCAAUCCUCACCCGACGACCCCUACAGCGUCGAAGAAUACACACCCACCACCUCCCAAACCCUCCCCUUCGCGCCUACCCCACCCGUCUCCCAAUCCCUCGACGACAUAGCAGGAGACCUGCAUCUCAGCGCCGCAGAACGACGGCAACUAUUCGGUCGUCAAAAAGGCGGGCAGCGCUCCCAGUUCGCCGCGACCAAAGUAAUAAACUUCAACACCGACCAAGAAUAUCUGCAUAACGAGGAGCUGAGAGCGGCUGGGGAACAGGUUAAGCAUAACCCUGUAAGGGCGAUUGCGCCGGGGAAACACAGUUUGAAACAGUUGGUCAAUGCUGCGCAGACACAGAAGGAUGCGUUGGAGGAGAGCUUUCAGGCUGGGAAGAAUAAUCGGAAGGAAGCUAGUAGUCGGUAUGGUUGGUAA